CUCUUUCCGGUAGGGUUUGGUACUUCGGUUUCUAAAAGCAGAAUAACAACAACAACAAACAUUUCAAAAAACAUUUGCAAUCAAACUUUCUAAAAAAAUGUUUAAAUUCACUUUCUCUCUUUCAAAAUUUUCCCGAGUAUCGUAGGCACCGAGAAUUCCCGGGAAAAUUUGUGGAAAUCGGCGGAUUAAAGUAUACUAAGGCUUCGCAUUUUCUUUCCCGUCGGAAAAUUGAGAGAGCGACAAUGAAUUUAACAGAUCCGUCGGUGGCGUUGCUGGCGGCGAGCGGCGGCGACACCGUGAAGCUCUUCGAUGUGUCCGGAAAGGGCGGCGAUCCGUGUGCCUUGAGCUACACUCCUUCUCCUGGUUUCCAAGUCAAUUCUGUCAAGUGGAAUCAUACCAAUUUGGUGGUGGCCAGCGCUGGAGAUGACAAGAAGAUCUCGUUGUGGCGGAAAAGUGGGCAGAGUAUGGGGACCAUUCCGGUGGCCGGGACUGACAGUGGUGACAACAUUGAUGAGUCUAUACUGGCUAUUAGCUUUAGCAACAAGGUUUCUAGAUACAUAUGCACUGGUGGAAGUGGCCAGGUUGUAAGAAUAUGGGAUUUGCAAAGGAAGCGUUGUAUUAAAUGGUUGAGAGGUCACACCAAUACAAUAACAGGUGCAAUGUACAAUUGCAAGGAUGAGCAUUUGGCCUCCAUCAGUCUUGGUGGGGAUCUAAUGCUUCACAACCUUGCAUCUGGUGCACGGACUGCUGAACUCAAAGAUCCAAAUGAGCAGGUAUUGAGAGUUCUUGAUUAUUCCCGGAUUAGUCGGCACCUUCUAGUGACGGCAGGUGAUGAUGGGACUGUACAUUUGUGGGAUACAACUGGUCGCAGCCCAAAGGUUUCUUGGUUGAAGCAGCAUUCUGCACCGACUGCUGGUGUCAGUUUUUCACCUUCCAUUGACAAGAUAAUUGCUAGCAUUGGUCUGGACAAAAAGUUGUAUACGUAUGAUUCAGGAUCUAGAAGACCUUCUUCUUCCAUUUCUUUUGAAGCGCCUUUCUCUUCGUUGGCAUUUAGAGAUGAUGGCUUGGUGCUUGCAGCUGGAACAAGCACCGGCCGGGUUGUGUUCUAUGAUAUUCGUGGAAAGCCAGAACCAUUCACUGUCCUUAGAGCAUAUAGUAGUUCUGAGGCUGUUACAAGCUUAUGCUGGCAACGGUCAAAACCUGUUAUUGUAAAUGAAAGCAGUUGCACUGCCGAGACCGCCCUUUUGGGAGAUUCUGUUGAAGAUUCAAUUCUUAUGCCUGAUCCACUUCCUUCUGUGACUUCAUCAAGCUUUGCUCUGUCUACAGCAGUACCGAGCUCUCGGAAUCCUGGCCGCUCAGGUCCCUCUCUUGAAACAUCUUCAGUUGCAGCAAUUGGCAGUGGAUUUACAUCAAGUAUGCUCCAUGUGUCCUCUGCAGAGGAGACACCAGUUCGGACUCCUCUGUGGCCAGCCAGGCCAGGGGGAGCAUUGUCUAGAUUACAUGCUCCUCGUUCUACUUAUAACUUCAAGGAUGAAAUGGAGGUAUUCUCCCCUCUCGUGGAUGUUCAACCAAUCACUCCCAGUCUUGACAAAUUAUGGGAGGACAAGAAGCCUUCAUCACUUCUCUUCCCUUCAUCUACUAGGAAAUUUCCUUUCAUGAAAGAUGGAGGCAUUGAUCAUCCAGUAUCUGAUUGGAAACCCAGCGCAACUUUUGAACAGGAGGAUUCCAAGUCUUCAUUUGGAGUGUUGGGAUCAACUCCCUCUCCAUCUUCUAAGAGUGAAGACUCCUCCAUCACCCCUCCAGAAGCUUGGGGCGGUGAGAAACCAUCUGAUAAAUAUGCCCACAUGCGUACUUUGCCAUCCUGUUUGGGAGUGUUUGCUUCUAGUGGUCCGACUGCAGUUUCAGUGUUGUCGGGAUUACCUGAUCUGUCCUUGACAACAAGUCAGCCAAGUACUAGCUCCUCAACAAAUUCGAACUUCAGUUAUGCAAACUUGCGAACAAAAGAUGUUUCUGUAAAUCAGGAGAGUUCCUUGGGACAUCCAGAACACUUCUCUACUUCCAUCUCUAUGCCCCUCAGCACAAAAGGUAUAAUAGGACAGACUAAUCUUGAUUCACCAGCAACUUUGACCCGGAGAUUCUCCACAUAUGCAGAGAGAAUAAGUACUACAUCCUCCUUCAGCGAUGGAACAUCAGCCUUGCUGGGUUCACCAAAAAUUAAAAAAACAGGUGCUGAAACCAGGGAAGAACUUUUAAGCAGCUUGUUCUCAAAGUCAGAUGUAUCGACCGCCAUGGAAAAGGGGACGCUUCCUAUUAUAAAUGGGGGAACCUCAGAACCUCAGAAGGCCUCUCACCAGGAUACACAGCAAGGAAGUUCUUUUACUCUUCAGCUUUUUCAACGUACUCUCGGAGAGAGUCUUGAUUCUUUGCAGAAAUCAGUACAUGAAGAUAUAAGGAACCUUCAUAUAGAGACUGUGAGACAGUUUCAUUUGCACGAGAUGGAAAUGUCAAAGGUACUGAAUGUCGUUCUGGAAAACCAAGCUGAGCUGAUGAGAGAAGUCAAGUCUCUCAGGAAAGAAAACCAGCAACUCAGGCAAUUGCUUUGAGAACUAGAGGAAAGUACUCAUUCUUUUCACAAAGGGUGUGGAUAACUCUGUUUUGUUUUUUUAUGUUUGAUUUUCACCACCGGCCUUUUGUUUAUAGCCAACUAGUCUGCUCAUCUCCGGCAAUUGUAGUGAAAGCAAAGGGGAAAGAAAAUAAGAAAAAAGCGGGGAUGAAGAGAAUGCAUGUGCUAUUUAAGGUGAACUUAUUGAACAUGUACAGAACAGAACCCUUCCAUUCAGCUGUCAAUUGAAGCUUUAAUUUGAGCGUUCCAUAUUAAAAAUUGGCUGAUGUACAAACUUCUGUCGAUGAAUCUUAUUGUUCUUCAGCUUUGUUGGUUUGUAUGUAUCUAUAUCAAGCUCGAGUAUAGCGAGCUACAAUACAUACCCUUGAACGCAUUUGAGGUUUAUUUGGUGAGCUUAUUUUUUUCUAGUUUGUUAAGUAG